GUAGAACCGUGAACUUUAGGGCUUCGUUGUGUUGCGUGCGUUCCUGGCCGCAGAGUUCUGCAGAUAUAUCAAAUGGCGGUCGAAAGGUCGCCUAGCAGCCGGGCGCCUGGAGGCGCUUUGCUGGUCGCUGCCGACAACGAAGAAGCGAAGAAGUAUGAGGAGUCACGAUUGGCUCAGAUGGGGUACAAGCAGGUGCUACACAGAGGCUUUCGGUGGUUCACGAACGUCGCGGUCACUGUUUCCUCGAUGAGCGUGCUGCUUUCCAUUACAGGGUCAUUUGCCACAGGCCUAGCCUAUGGCGGGCCGGUGGUGUGUUUAUGGGGAUGGUUCCUGGUGUCAUUCUUCAGCCUGUGCGUGGCGCUUGGCAUGGCCGAGCUGGCCAGCGCCUACCCGACCUCCGGCGGCAUGUAUUACUGGGCGUUCCAGCUGCUGCCGCCGUCCGUGGGCCCCUUGGUAUGCUGGGUCACCGACGCGACGAUACCUCCGCGCCCCCAUGGCAAUGACUGCACGCCCGGCCCUGCUCUGUUCCUGCCCUGUGCUCCGGUGCCACGGCACACGCCAGGCUGGCUGAACCUGCUGGGUCAGUUUGCCUCGCUGGCUUCCACGCAUUACUUCAUGGCCUACAUCAUCUCCACCAUUGCCCUGUUGGCAACCGGCACAGCCACGCCGCCGGCGGAUGAGCAAGUGGAUGAAAACGGUGAUCUACUGGAUUACGCUGACAUGCCGGCCGGCCCGGGCUGGGUGCCUAAGAGCGGCAAGGUAUUCUUCGGCAUCUACACAGCCUGCCUGUUCACCACGGCCGUCAUCAACUCGCUGCGCUUCGAGCACGUGGGAUUUAUCACCGAGAUCGGCGCAUGGUGGACCAUCAUUGGUGUUACCAUCGUCAUCAUCGCAAUCCCCUGCAUCACGGUGGAGCAUGCCACGACCGAGUGGGUGUUCCGCAAAUUCGAGGGCGAGCUGGCCAGUAGCUGGGGCAUCCCUAACGCCUUCUAUACGUUCAUUCUGGGGCUGCUGCUGCCCGCCUACUCGUUCACCGGCUAUGACGGCCCGGCGCACAUGAGCGAGGAGUCCACCAACGCCUCCAUGGCUGCGCCCUGGGGCAUCCUGCUGGGUGUGGUGUUCAUGAUCUUCGUGGGCUGGGCCUGGGUGCUGUCGCUGCUGUUCUGCGUCACCGACUACCUGCAGGUGCUGGGGGAGGGCGACGUGCCCAGCGAGGCGGGCGGCGACGCAGUGGCGCAGAUCUUCUGGAAUGCCUUCAAGCAGCGCACCGGCAGCGGCACCGGCGGCAUCAUCAUGCUGAUGAUCCCGCUGGGCGGCAUUUACUUCUGCGCCCACAGCACCCUCACCUACGUCAGCCGCAUCCUGUUUGCCUACUCUCGCGACAAGGCCGUGCCGCUGGCGUGGCUGUGGAUCAAGUACAACAAGACCGUCAAGGGGCCGCUCAUCGCGGUGUGGGGCACUGCCUUCGCCGCGUGGCUGCUGGGGCUGCCCAUGCUGGGCUCUGAGCAAGCUUUCACCGCCAUCAUCUCUCUGUCCACCAUCGCGCUCAACAUUGCCUACGUCGUCCCCACCACCCUGCGCAUCAUGCCGUGGGGCGCUGCGCGCUUCAAGCCUGGUCCCUUCCACCUGGGCUGGUGGGCCUACCCCAUCGGCGUUCUCGCCACGGGCUGGGUGAUCUUCAUUGUGGUGGUGUUCUCACUGCCGACGGAGUACCCGACGAACUCCCAGAACCUCAACUACGCCGGUGUGACGCUGCUGGCCACAUUCGCGCUGUCGCUCAUCUGGUACUACUUCCCUUUCUACGGCGCGUACAAGUGGUUCAAGGGUCCCGUGAGCACGAUGGGCGAUUUCAGUGACGACGACGCGCCCGGCAGCAACUCCAACGGCUCCGUGGCGGAGGGCGAUUUGGCCAAGCCCGACCCCGCCGCGGCAGACGCCGCCACUGUGCGCGUGUAAGCAGGUGAUCAUGGUUGUUCCGACAGCUGCCGCCGAAACGUGUCACGGAAUUGCGUGUGCAUCAUGUGACGUAGAGGAGCCUGAGACCCUGGACGUGCUGCGUGGAGCCUGGUCGUGUUGCAGCUGCGUCCAACCCAUCAGCCGCCAACGCACCGUGUUUGUGGCGUGUGGUACUUGCCAACAUGAGGACAGGGGGGCACGGUGGGAUCCAAUAUGCUGCUUGAUGUAUGAUUGUCAACUCGGUUUGCAGUCGAAAGGUGACCGAGCAGGCGUAGGCAAAUGGUGGUAAUGCCUAUGUGGGGGCGGGGGGAGUUUGUAUGGUCGUGUGGGACGUAUGGGAAUGCACUGUGCAGUGUACAGAACGGAAUCUUGUCUGGUGUCACGGCAUGUGAACGGCGGCUUGGCAAUUCGAUGCUGUGGGAUUAUGCAUGGCAGUAUCGGAUGCCUCUGGGCCACGGUACCGUGUAGUGUUACUGCUGCAGUAAGCGAGGGUUCGUGACUUCACGAGAUUGGAUCCAGUUGAACACCUCAGCCUGCACACGGCAGCAUCCAUACAUUAUAGGCCAGGGCAUGCUAUGGGCACUCAAUCGAUGACUGCAAGCACCAAGUACCACAAAGCACGCAGCAAGCCGUACCGCAUACCUCAAUGGUUGGCUUACACUCGACAUCAUGUGUUUAUGCGCUGUUCAGUCUGUGAUGAGAAUAAGCCAAUGGACGAUGCGAGAGCGCAUGCGCGCCUCCAGUACUUGCAUUGUGUAGGAUGGCCGUGCAUGGGUGAUGCGUCGUGUGCCAUUGUGGAGACGUGUUAGCUACGGUUCGAUGCUGUACGGUAGCAAGGUCUGUACACCGUCAACACUCCGGGCGUUUCUUGAACCGCUUGUAACGUCAGAUGUUG